AACUACGUCACCCAACUCCUUUCAACACCGAGCAUGUGGCUUAACUCGAUUCUGGCCACAGGAUGGCAGUGAAACCCAGACGACCCCAUCACAUACAAGCUUUCUGACCGUAAGGACACAGAUCUCCCGCCGCAGGCCAAGACGCAGAUCGUGAGAUGCGGCCCGGUCACCGGCCCUGUGUCUCCUCGCGAGCAACCCGCGGCCCAGCAGAAACACAAGAUCUGGCGGGGUGGUUCUGACGAGCGAGGCUUCAUCAGGACGCACCCCAACGGCACAGCAGGCACAACAUCCGCCCCCUGCCAUCUGUUCCUCGCAGGUCACCACCACAGGCCCACUGUGCCACAGUCUCGAUCGUUCCAUCUGAGAUCCAAAGACUGGGAGCCGUCUCUCCGCCAAAUGCGGCCGGCAAUAUGCAGCCUCCAGACGUUCAUCACUUCAAGAUAUCCAGCCCAUCUUCCCGAUCUAAGUUUCCGCCGCAACACCGACUGAAUCCUUCUUCGUCACACAAGCCCGAUAUCAAGUCCAGUGGCUUUGCAUUUGCUGUCAGUAAACUUGAGAUGAUCCCGAUUUUCGACCCCGAUUGAUGCUCCCCUUUUGCGACAGUGGCCAGCAUGGGGAAAAGUCCGAGAUCGCAUCCUGUAUCUAAAGUAACAAAAUGAUCUUGCUAUAAAUGACACCUCGUCCAAGAUUCUGUCCCUGUUUUCGUUCUCCUCUUCAGGAUACUCAGGCAGUCAUCUUCACUUCUAGUCCUUCCUUCAAACCCUUCAUAGAUCUUUCGCUCCUUUCGGCUGUGCCGUCUCUCAUUCCUUUCACGCACCAUUCAAGAUUUGCCGUUCUCUUUCCACAUCCACACUCCUACAAACAUGCACGCCCCCACCCUCGCUCAAGCCCUCGCCGGCGGUCUCCUCGCCGCCGCAUCUGUCGCCGGCUUCACUGGCGUUGACACAAGGGCCAUCACACUUCGUUAUGCAGGAGCCCUAGUAGCAGGAGCAGCCAUCCCGGUUGCAAACGCUGUCCCUGCCCCUCAAUAUGCCCGGGUCCUUCGUGCCAGGGGUGUUGGCAAGGCUACUGCUCCUCGCAGCGCAACGAAGAGAAGCCAGACCAAAGCUACCCGUGUCAAGGCCCGUGGAGGAAAGGGCAAGAACGACGACGGUGAUGAUGACGACAAUGGUAACGGCAACGGCAACGGCAACGGCAACGGCAACGGCAACGGCAACGGCAACGGCAACGGCAACGGCAAUGGUAACGGCAAUGGAAAUGGCAAUGGCAAUGGUAAUGGCAAAGGGAAGGGCAAUGAUGCGGAUGCGGGUGAUGAUUUCGAUGAUGAUGAUAAUGGACGUGGAAAGGGGAAGGGCAACAUGGGUGGUGGUGGUGGUGGUGGUGGUGGUAAUGGCAAUGGUAAUGGCCAGGGAGGAGGCGCCAACGGUGGUGCUGAUGCCAAUGCUGGUGCUGAUGCUGACGCCGGAACUGGAGCCAAUGCAGGAGCUGAUGCGAAUGCCGGGGCUGAUGGGAACGCUGGUGCUGGAGCAAAUGCCAACGCCGGAGCGGACGCUAAUGCCGGUGCCGGAGCCAAUGCCAAUGUCAAUGCUGGGGCUGGGGCCGAUGCCAAUGCUGGAGUUGAUGCCAACGCUGGGGCAGAUGUUAAUGCCGGAGCCGGAGCAAAUGCUAAUGCCGGGGCCGGUGUCAAUGCCGGCGCUGACGCUAAUGCCGGAGCUGGGGCUGAUGGCGGCAUGAACAACGGGAAUGUUGGUGCCGGGGCCGGGGCAGAUGCCAAUGCCGGAGCCGGAGCAGAUGCUAAUGCCGGCGCCGGAGCUGUCAUUACCCCUCCCAACAACGGCACCCUUGCUGCCAAUGGCACCCUUGCCAGCAACGACACGGCCAGCGCCACUGACGCCGCGGCGGCAUCAGCCCUCAAACGCGGCGUUGCGGUCGUGGAUCUGACUGCCCACAUGGAGUAAACUACCUGGUGAUGGGGCGUUUCGGGGAGACCAACUGCCACAUGGUAUACAUGGAACUCGGGCACGGAACACGCUGGUACAUUUAUAGAUAUUGAAGAUGUAGUGGGCAUAGAUAAUAGAAUUGUACAUACUGGAUUCUCAAACCUCUUGCG